GGCCUGCGGCGCGGACCCCGGAGCGGCGGAAGAUGGCUGCAGUUGUGGCGACGGAUACACAGCUGAUGCUUGGAGUCGGCCUGAUCGAAAAGGACACUAAUGGAGAAGUUCUGUGGGUGUGGUGUUAUCCUUCCACGACAGCCUCAUUAAGGAAUCUGCUGCUCCGAAAAUGCUGCCUAACAGAUGAAAACAAACUUCUCCACCCCUUUGUCUUUGGUCAGUACAGAAGAACAUGGUUUUAUAUCACUACAGUUGAAGUUUCAGAUUCUUCAAUUUUGAAAAAGGUGACUCAUUUUUCUAUUGUUCUGACCGCCAAAGAUUUUAACCCAGAGAAAUAUGCCGCCUUCACUAGGAUAUUGUGUAGAAUAUAUCUGAAAUAUGGCAGCCCAGUUAAAAUGAUGGAGAGUUACAUUGCAGUUCUCACCAAGGGGAUCUGCCAGAGUGAAGAAAACGGCUCUUUCUUUAGCAGAGACUUUGAUAGUCGAAAGGCAUACCUUGCAGGCUCUAUCAAAGACAUUGUAUCUCAAUUUGGAAUGGAAACUGUUAUCUUACACACAGCAUUGAUGUUAAAAAAACGAAUUGUUGUCUAUCACCCCAAAAUAGAAGCUGUCCAGGAGUUUACCAGGACUCUGCCUGCCCUGGUGUGGCAUCGACAGGAUUGGACCAUCUUGCAUUCUUAUAUGCACCUCCAUGCUGAAGAACUAGAAGGCCUGCAAAUGUGCAUAGGUUACAUUGCUGGCUUUGUAGAAUUGGAGGUGAGCAAUAGACCAGACCUCUACGAUGUGUUUGUGAAUCUGGCAGAUAGUGAGAUCACCAUCGCUCCACUCGCAAAAGAGGCCAUGACGAUGGGCAAAUUGCAUAAAGAAAUUGGUCAGCUAAUUGUGCAGUCUGCAGAAGACCCAGAGAAGUCAGACAGCCAGGUUAUACAGGACAUUGCCCUAAAAACAAAAGAAAUCUUCACCAAUCUAGCACCAUUUUCAGAAGUGUCAGAUGAUGGGGGAAAGAUUGUCCUCAGUGUUGAGGCACUGAAGAAAAAGCGAUUCCCACCUGCAACAGAGAACUUCCUCUACCAUCUAGCAGCAGCUGAACAAAUGUUGAAGAUAUGACUGUCCACAGCAAGCCCCUACAGAACUUCCCUUUCAUUCCGAGUACCCAAUGGCAUUAUAUAGUAUUGGAAUUACAGAGGAAAUGUUCUAUUUUUAAUGGUUUAUUUCCAAGUAUUGAGAUCUGACCUGAGAAACACAUAAAAACAAUCAUCAUUUUUUUUUUUUCUCCCUGCCAAUUUGAUCCAGUGCUGGAUAGUGUUUUAACUGCUGUCCUAAUGGUAGGAGCCAUAUGCUGUCCCAGAGUAAGAGUCGCACAGAUUAGCACAUGCAAGCCUUCAUUGUGUACCUGUUUGUCUCACUGUAGCCAUAAACUUAACGGUUUAUUUUCAGAAAGCUGCCUCACAGUUUGCUUUUAUUCUUCUAGGAAAAAACUUGAAUUCCUCAUGGGAGGUUUUCCUUUCUGAGCCAAACUGCUGUUUUCUGCAGAAUUAUCUAGAAUAUCAUGCAAGAGAUAUUGCAGUUGCACUUUCUUGUAAUAGAAAAUGUUUUGGGGCCUUUGAAAUUUUCACCUGUAUUAUAAAGGUUUUUCAUAGAUUUUGUACUUGAGUAGACAGUUCCAAUAACCCUUAGAUGUAAGCAUUCAGCAAAACAUUGGCAUUGGUACUCUUGGACUAACUGCUGCUGGCAGUGCCUUUGGGAAAGAAGCCAGUCCCUGUAACCGGAGCCCUUUUAAAUGUAAGAAACAACCCUUUGUUCUUGCUUGCAGUGCUGGAGCUAGAACCCGGGGCCUUGCAUAUGCCAAGCAAAUGCUUUCCCAUCAAGCUAAACCCCCAGCCCAAUAAUCUUUCAUAUAUUGGUAAAGGAACAUCAGAAUCAAAUUGCAGAGGCCAGACUAGACACUGUCUUCAGGUGACUGCAGUAAAAGUAAUCUGGCCACAUCGUAAAGGACACUGUUAUUGGACCUUCUUUUUUUGUUUGUUUGUUUGUUUUGGGGUUUGGAUUUUUUGUUUU